AUGCUUAUGGUUUUCUUACCUUCUAGUCUUUAUCUUCUUUCUAUUUCAUUGAGUACUGAUUCUAUGAUUGAUUUUCUCACAGCUACAGGAAAGAUCACUCGUAAAAUUGAUGUUUAUGCAUUUGGUGUGAUACUGUUGGAGCUAAUGACAAGCAGAAAGGUACUCGAUGACACCGUCCCCGAUGAAGAUGCAAAUUUAGUGGCAGCAUUUCGCCGGAUUCAUCCGAGAGACAUCGCCAAGUUGGAGAGAUUCGUCGAUUCUUCUAUCUUCAACGAUGAGGAAUCUCGCAGCAGCAUUGCAGAGGUAGCCGAGAUUGCCUACCAUUGCACCGCUCGCGAACCUAACUUCAGGCCUGAAAUGAGUAACGUCGUCACCAUGUUGUCUCCCAUAGCCGACCGGUGGUGUCCCGGCGACUAUGGCGAUCACAACGAUGAUGGCGAUUCGACGGUAAGUCUCACUAGUAUGGUUCACAGAUGGCAGAUGAGCGACAACUCUUCGUUUAAUGAUUCGUUCAGCAAUUACAAGCCAAGUACAAGUGCCUUGCGUUAA